UGCGGUGGAGAUUUCGCAGCGUUUUCCAGCCUAAAUGGAAAGCAUGGCGUUUGCAGUAUCCACAUGAACCAGCCGAAAGUGCGUGGGCUUUUUGGAUGCGCGUGGGUCGUUGUGCAGCAUCACAUGCUGCCGUGAUUCACUUUAUGUACAGCAUUUAUACUCACGAAGGAACAUUUUAUUCCUGUUUUUUUUUAAUUAAUUAAUUUAUUUUUUUUUAAAUUACGACCUUUCACGGCUUUGCACGGUAAAAGUGUGGUCACGCGCCGCCGUACUCCUCGCGCACAACACACACACACACACACACACACACACACACACACACACACACACACACACACACACACACACACACACACACACACACAGACAGACGCACAGAGAGCUGGAUGAACGAAUGAACGAAUAAAGAAGGCGCUUGAUGCAAGUUGAUGGUGCCAGUUGCAGAGUGGCAGCAGGAGACGAUGGAGGAAGGAGCCGUUUCUGAGACUCUGCCGGAUCUGAAGGACUUGGAGGUGAAGCUCGGGAGGAAAACGCCGGACGGACUGCUGCGUUGGAUGCGGGAGGAAGGCGCCGCGCAUCCCGCGGGGGACGAGCGGAGCCGGGAGCGCGACGCGGAUCGGGAUCGGGAGCGGGAGCGCGCACCUUGCAGGAACGGCCUGGCCGAGAAGAUCAGAGAGCUGCGGGGGGAAAUGGUAUAUCUGCGCUCCGUGGAUGUGAAAAUCCUGCGGCAGCUGAUGGUUGUGCAUGAGGGCAUCGAGUCAGUCAAGUGGCUGUUGGAGGAGCGUGGUACCCUAACUAGCCGCUGCAGCAGCCUGACCAGCAGCCAAUACAGCCUGGCUGAAGGUCCCGAUGCUUCCCUGCGGGGCAGCUGGAGCAGCCUGCAGGACCCAAACGACAGGCUGGACAACAUUUCCAUUGGCAGUUAUUUGGAUACGCUGGCUGACGAUCUGGAUGAGUACUGCCAGUCCAGCUCGGAAUCGGUGCCCUGCCUAACCCCUUUUGGGAAGGAGGUGUGUGGCCGGAGCGGGGGUCUGUCGGGCUCCCCAUUGGUCAAGGCUGAGCGGCCCAAGGGAGAGGCUCCAGUUUGGCCUAAGAUAGGACUGGAAAUGUCCAAAGUUGUUGAGCCCAUGAAAGCAGCCUCCAGCGCUAAGGAGACUACUCAUACACAGGCCGCCAUGAGUAAUGGGUUCCCUGUAAGGGGUGGUGAGCAGGGGGCCGACCAAGACAAAUUGAGCCAGAACCAAAGCCCGAAAGAAAAGUCACACAAGAAUGGCAAAAUUGACUUGGAGAGUUGCAAACUGAACAGUAAAAUGCACCUGGAAUACGAUUCUCACUGGCACUGGGUGCAGUCACAGGACGAUGUGACAUUUUUGUGAGAGAAGAAAUCGAGACUUCAUUUUUAGUUUAGUUCCUUCAAUUUUAAUUUAGCUACUUUCAAUUAAUUCCUUAUUUUCACCAGUUGCAGUGUCAUAUUUAGUCCACAUGCAGAGCCACUAAAGAUCAAUG